AGAGAAGCGUCUGAAGCUGCUCUGCCACUCUGCAACACAGUCAAUGCAGUUCUGUGUAUGUUGGUUUCCCCAUUUCAUUGUCGGGGGGUAGACUCCUGAGGAGCGGAUGAAGAAACAAAUUUUGCUUUUGUUUACAUUCAGAGGAUUAGUGAGCAAAGGGAAAAGGGGUAAAAAGAGAAAAUGGCCAGUUUUAUAUUACGGACAGCUGAACCAAAGGAUGUCUCAGAUAUCCUGCGACUCAUAAAGGAGCUUGCUAAAUUUGAAGAGAUGGAGGAGAAGGUGAUGCUGACAGAAAAAGAUCUGCUUGAAGAUGGCUUUGGGGAUCAUCCAUUCUACCACUGUUUGGUUGCUGAAGUCCCAAACGAGAAGAGCUCAGUAGGGUACACUGUGGUUGGGUUUGCUAUGUACUACUUUACAUAUGACCCAUGGAUUGGAAAGCUUCUGUACCUGGAAGAUUUCUUCAUCAUGCAGGAGUUUCGUGGUCUUGGCAUCGGUUCAAAAGUCCUGAAGGUGCUGAGCGAGACGGCAGUGAAGACCCGCUGUAGUGCCAUGCAUUUUAUAGUAGCAGAAAACAACACCAAGUCUAUUGAGUUCUACAAGAGAAGAGGUGCAGCGGAUCUGUCCUCUGAGGAGGGGUGGCGUCUUUUUGCCAUUGAAAAGAAAAAUCUGCUGAAAAUGUCUGCCAAAUAGAGUUUGCCACUCUUAAACUUGUACUGAUGUCUGGUGAUAGCAGUGAACUUUCUCUAUGUGAUCAGUGACUUGGAGCAGCCUCAAUAAAUGCAUUUAUCAAUCAGCUGUUCCCUUCUAAUCACAAACCAUGUCUGGGACUUUUGCGGUCAUUGCUAAAUUUACACUGAUCUCGGAAGUUUGAUGAAUGAACACUGAAACGUGAUAAUUACAUGGUAAUAAUCUACCACAGCUGGAAAGUUUGUGAGACUUGAACAAGCAUGCUAAUAAAUACAUUAAUAAAUAUA